GGUCGUUCACAGAGAGCGCACGCGUUUAAAAAAUAGGCUUCCGCUAUAUUACGAUACCAGUGCUUGUGGGUUGUGCUAUUUUAGUGAUUAUUGAAAGGAUUACUUCAGUUGAUUUUAUGACUUUCACAUCGCCGCAAGAGAAAAUGCCGAGCCAAACGCGAUGCGACCGCGUCCCGCCGACAGAUGGCGCCUGGCCGUUUUUCGGAUUACACGAAGAUGAUUUACCGUUAGACCCGCGCUCCUGGGGCCGGGCAGAAGUCGGGCGGUGGGUGGCGAGCCGCGGCGGGCUGCCGGAGCGGUUCCCCAUGAACGGGAAGGCGCUCUGUCUCAUGUCCAAAGACAUGUUCUCCGCUAGGGUGCCUCACAACGGUCAUGUGUUAUACCAGGAUUUUAGAAGACGUCUUGCCAAAGCGUUAGCGAUACAAGAUUUCUUCGAGAAAAUGUCUCCUAAGUGAAGAGGUCGCAUAACUUAAGAAGAAUCAGCCUUAUGUAGUUAAUUUUAAAGCACUUCAGCUGGUUUGCUUCAGAGCCCGGGUCCGCUUCAAGCUUUGUUGGCUUCGAAGACCUCUCUCUCCCCAAUGAGACUGUAAACAUCAACCAAGAGAAAGGCUGACAGUCAUAAAAUAAUUCCCGUGGAAAGCUUUAUAAACUCAGAAUGGAACCUAUAAGCGAUGGGCUAGCAACCUGUUACAUUUCUGAUUCUUGUAGCUAAACGUGGCCUUUAAGUCUUUUGUAUCUUGGCUCUGUCUACCCGUAAAGAAAUGACAAAAGACAAAAAUACUACUAGAUGUUCAGAUUCCCAAAAAAGCGAAGACCUAAGGAACAACUAGUUAAUAAUUUCUCAUGUAAAUAUUGUACAUUUUUACGUUUAAUUUUUGUAAAUUUUGGCGCCAAAUUCUCGCUUCCUAUCAGUAUUACACAUACCAUAGAUGUUACUACAUACAUAGACAUG